UGUUCUCUGCCAUAGACUUUUGCUGUAGAUAUGCUUUGCUUGUAUUUUGCGCUGUUGUUCAUGAGAGUUUUGUGAUUUUGAUGUCACCGAGCGAAGCAUUUGCUUUUAUUUUGGUCUUUUCUUUAUCCGAAAGUCAUUUUCAGACCUGGUGACGUUUUAAUGGAAACUUUUCUUGCAGCAUACCUGUCACGUUUGUUUAUUUUUGCUGGUUUUUCUUUCGUUUUUUUUUAAUGCCUUAUACUUUUGCAGAUGAUUUUAAGGUGAAGUGAUUUUUGGAUGUGAUAAUUUUUCACGUAGAUGAUGCAGAUUAAGGUGUCUAUGAAGGGAAUAAUUGUUUCUUUGGGGAAAAUAUCAAUCGGUGCAUCUUUGCUUUCACUGAAGAUGAACAGACUCUCCUUUGCAGGAGAAGAAUGACUGGGAAGAGUCAGACCAGCAAUGUCACUAACAAGAACGACCCGCGCUCCCUCAACUCACGGGUCUUUAUCGGCAACCUCAACACCGCCAUCGUGAAGAAGGCCGACAUCGAGGUCAUCUUUGCCAAGUACGGCAAGAUCGUGGGCUGUUCGGUGCAUAAAGGUUUCGCUUUCGUCCAGUACAUGAGUGAAAGGAACGCACGGGCGGCCGUGGCAGGCGAGAACACCAGGAUUAUCGCAGGACAGCCGCUGGAUAUUAACAUGGCCGGAGAGCCGAAGCCUUACAGGCCUAAAGCAGGAUCCAAACGACCCCUGACUGCUGUCUAUAGUGGUUAUGAAUUUGAUUAUGAUUACUACAGGGAUGAUUUCUACAAUAGGCUCUUUGACUAUCACGGACGGGUGGCUCCUCCUCCGAGGGCAGUGAUUCCUCUGAAGCGUUCACGAGUGGUGCUUCCAUCCACUCGACGCGGGAAGAGUUCAUUCCCUAUUAAAACCUCAUCCUCUUCUUCCUCAAGACCCCCAUCAUCAUCAUCGUCCUUCUCCUUUGGGCUGAAAUUGAAGUCCGAUCAACUCCAGACUAUCAAACGUGAACUGACUCAGAUCAAGAUGAAGAUCGACUCUCUUCUGGGCCGCCUGGAGAAGAUCGAGAAACAGCAAAGAUCUGAGUGCGAGCCUCACAGGAAAUAUGAGGACAACUGCGACUCUUUGCACGAGGGGUCGAUAUCAGAGACGGCAGACAACUCCGGAGAGGAGGGAGGGGAAGGACAGCUGGACGCGGAGGUGGGAGAAAUGACGGAUGGUGGCGAGGAUGACUACGACGAGGAAGGCAGCACUGAUCUGAUGGAGAAUCAUGCGUCUGAUAUUGACAACUGAAGAGUUCUGCAUCCAGAGAUGAAAUCAACUCUGCACUGAACAGAAGACAUGAAACUCUGUGAAGACGGACAUCUCUUUUUAAAGAGGCCAUGAAGGCUCUCGAUUGGCUGAUCAGACGCAGAGCAAAUAAGUUUAGCAUCUGCUAGUCACUUUCACUGUUUUUCAUUUAAUAGCGUCUGGCACAUUCAACCAUAUAUGAUUUGCAUAUCUCCUGUAAAAGACAAGUUCACAUUUAAUUUUGAAAUUCAUCAUGCAAACACUAAAGUUCGUUUUUUUCCCUCAAGGAUAAUUUUCCUUAAGCAAAGAUGAAAGGUUUUUACAGUCUUUGUGUGGAAAAUGAGCCUUAAAUGUCAGAAAAAUGUAACAUGGCAUUUUUGAAACCUUCAGUAUUAACAGAGAAUUUAUCGAAAUGAUUCUAGAAUUUUAAAGAUUUUGAAAUAUGAGGUCUGACAAUGAACAUGUUUCAUUAGAAGCCAAACCUUUUUUGUGUUCUGUUUGUUUUUGAGUUCUUGCGUCUGCAUUCCCUAUUUUCUCAAAGUAUGUUUUCUGUGUAAAAUCUGAUUGUGAUUAAAAUGCAUAUCAAUUUGAUAUUCCUUGAUUCCCAGACUAAAUCAAGUAAAAUAACUAGUUAAGUACUUGGCUGCCACAUUAGUUUCAUCAGACUCCUUAUACUUACACACUUCUGAAUGAUUGGAAUAUUGUCAGACCGCUGUAACACUAAAAAAUGAAUUAUGUCUUAAUGUGCCAUAAUUUGUAAUGAUACUGUAAAGAUGAUAUUGUACGUACAUUGUCACUGUAUUUUGUUUUAAUCAUGCAUAGCUGUGUGUAAAUCCGAGCGACAUGUAGUAGUCACUGUUUCUGUUCUCUAUGAUGUCAUUCAGUAUAGAGUGUGUCAUAAUGAACUCUAUUUUUGUAUGGCAGAUUUACAGAAAAAGCUUCAGAAUAUUCAUAUUUGUUCUGCUGACAUUUUCAUUCUGCUAUUGUACAUAAUUUGUUGGUUUAAAUGAGAAUGUGGAAAGAUUUGUAUAGCUUAAAAAAAAAGAAAAAGAUUGAUGGAAAAUGGAUCUAUUGGAAAAAUGUGAUUAUUCUUUUCUAUAUUUUGAAAUCAGUGUCAUGUUUGAGAGAAAAACAAUUCUAUAUGGUUUAGGUCACUGGUCUCAUAACAGCUCAGCUCUGAGACCUAGUAAUAUGAGUGAAUUACUUAAUAUUGUAUAGAAAUGUAAACUAUUGUAAAGAUAUUUUUAUGAUUGGCAUGUUAAUUAUUUUAAUGUAUUUUCAGUUGUUUCAUUUGUUAUUUGGCUAUAGGUUUUGUGGUUU